AUGGCAUCGGAGCCCUUCGAUGAAGCUGAAUUUAUUGAGAAAUACUACAAUUUCAGAAAUCCAGAAGGGGCUAUAAAAUUAGACGAAAAUGAAGAAAACAAAGUUAUUCAAUUACUAGUUAAAUGCAAAAACAAAGUAGAACAUGAAACAGAUGGGGACGAAAACAACCUGAACAACUUUAUAAAGGCGUUAAAAAUUCUCAUAUUUUAUAUUCCGCAUAAUGACUCGAUUAAAGAAAAAAUAACAGAAAAGAAAAUAUACAAAAACUUAUUUCUAGGGAGGCAAAAUGGUGGUAAUAGUACAAUCACAGAAACUGAACAAAAUGUAGGUUUGAUUAACUCAAAGGAGAAUCAAAGUAAAAACAUGGACAGCAACGAUUUAAGUCAAGUCCAUUCAUUAUAUGCUGAAGUGGACAAAUACGAAUUAAUAUUUUUAAUUAAUUUAAUAACUCAUAAUGAGAAUAAUACGGAAAUAUUUCAAUUUCUCUACCCAUCAUACUUUUAUUACAUUAUAACAAAACAACUUAAUAAAGAUAAUAUAUUUAUGCUCCUAAACAACUUUAUAAUAAACCAUAGAACUUAUGAACAAUUGUGUAUGAUGAAAGAUUUUUCUUUUAUUCUUUUUUUGUCUCUUUGGGAUUCUUUAAAAAAAAUUAAAAAAAAAGCAACUAUUUGCAACUAUUUUUAUAUAUUUAUUGAAAAUUCAUUGAAAAAUGAAAAUAAAUUAUUUUUACAAAUUCUACAAAAUAUAAAAUUACUUAAUAUAUAUUUUUAUCAGCACAUUGAAAAAAUGAAUGAAAAUAUUAUUUCUUUUUUUAAGAAAAAUACCAUACCAAUUAGAUGGAAAAUUAUAAAUCGAGGAAAUAAUAAAAGUUAUUUAUUCAAAUACAUCGCACUGAUACAUAGACUCAUCCUUGAAGCAGUAUAUAAUAUCCUUGAUGAAAAAAAUUUAGAAGUAGAACAAAUUUCAAAAUAUCAAAAUUUAUACAGAAAUAUAAUUGAGCAGAUAAAGGAAAAUCUAAUAUAUAUAAACGAAAUAAAUUAUUUUUCCAAUUUUAAUGAGGUUCACAUCGAUGAUAUAUACAACAGAAAUGCACUUUGUAUGGAUAUGUUUCUAUAUUAUAAAAAAAACUUCAAUUUAGAAAUUUUCAAGCUAAUUUUAUUUAUUUCUAACAUUUUUAGUGACCAUUAUGAAGAAUUGGAUUAUCUGUCUUGUUCAGAAAAAAAAGAAUUUAUUGAUGUUAUUUUCACUUAUUUAAAAACAAUAUUUAGAAUGAGAAAUGAUCAUUUAUCAAAAAAGGAGGAAAUUAUUUAUCAUAAAUUUGUUUUAAAUAGAUAUAUUAUUAGUCUUGUAGCCAACUUUUCUUCAGAUAGUACUAUAUCGAAUUAUAUAAAAAAAAUAAAUGGUCUUGACAUUUUAAGAAAAUUUAUGUACAUUGAUGAUAAAGACACCUGUUUAGCAGAAUAUUCCAUUUUGGCUAUUAAACACAUUAAAGAAAAUGAAAAUUUGGAUGAUCUCUAA